AUGGCCUACGAGACCUCGGCGCGCCCGCCGGGCCUCACGGGCCUCAUUCCGCUCGGCACGCUCCCGUCCACCCACAUACCCUCCUCCGGCCCGGGCAAGGGCAAGCAACUAAUCAUCAUCGGCGACGUCCACGGCCAGCUCUCGGCCCUCGAAGCCCUGCUCUCCAAGACGGCCUACUCGGCCGCGCGCGGCGACCACGUCGUUUUCACGGGCGACAUGAUCAACAAGGGCGCUGACAGCGCCGGCGUCGUCGCGCGCGCCAUGGCCAUGGGCGCCUCGGCCGUGCGCGGCAACCACGAGGACCGGGUUCUGCUCGCGUGGGAGAACUCGGGUCGCGACCUCAAACAGAGCAAUAGCAAUAGCAAUAGCAGUCCACAGCGGGCGGGCUCGAAACCAAAACCAACAGUAGACGGGGAGAAGCAGGUGCAGGAGCAGGAAGAGGAACAGAAAGAGGAAGAGAAGGCCGUGUCCAACAAGACGCUGCGCGCCGACCUAGCCACCGCCGCGAGCCUAACACCAGAACAACGCGCCUGGCUGGCGCAACGGCCCGUCAUACUGCAGCUGGGCCACUUCGGAGCCCGCUACGGCGACGUGGUAGUCGUACACGCAGGUCUCGCGCCCAACAUACCACUGCAAAGCCAGGACCUGCACGCCGUAAUGACCAUGCGCACGCUGGUGUACCCAGCCCAACAACUAGUACGAGCAAAAGCCAAGGCGGAGCUAGUCGACGAGGCCUACCAGAAAGCAGCAGACCACCACCAACACUCACUACCCGAGGGCAGACCCGAAAUCUCUAUUUCGAACGCCGACAUCGAGGCCCGCUUCCGCGAGAUGCUGUUUUCGACAUAUCAGGAUAAUAAGCACCCGGAUUUGUUCCGCGGCACCGACUACCGCGACCUCACGACGGCGGUGCCGAGCGCGGCGCACCGCGACGAGGGCGGCCGCCCCUGGGCCGAGACGUGGAAUGAGGCGCAGCUGUCGCUGGCGAACCCAGAAAAACGCAUGACUGUCGUUUACGGCCACGACGCCAAGGCCGGGCUCAAUGUGCGCGAGUACGCGAUCGGGCUCGAUAGCGGGUGUGUGCGGGGCGGCGAGCUGACGGCGGUGGUGUUUGAGUUUGUUGCAGAGGAUGGCGAAGGGAGUGGAAAUGGAAAGGGCGGGAUUAGACAUCGGCUCGUUAGCGUCGCUUGUGAGGAACGUCCUGCUGCUACUGGGAGCGAGGGCGUGAGGAAGAAAGGGGGUGGUGAGAAGGGGGGUGGUGAGAAGAAGAAGAGUAAAGAUAAGGAGAAGGACAAGGAGAACGAGAAGAUGAGGGGAUGA